CGAACAUGUAAACUACAGAAGUGGGCGUGUCGAUCAUUACUGAAGUAUUCUACUCUAGACUGCUUUCUACUGUUUACAUUUUUAAAGCAGUUUGCUUAUCAAUAAUUAAUACAAGGCUACAUCAUAAGGGCAUAAUAGUUUAAAAUAAAUAGUAGAGUAGAACACAUCUAACUAAGAUAUUUAAGUAUAAAAAUGCCAAAAGCAACGCUAACAUCCAGGGAACUGAAGAAUAAGGAAACUGGUCUUGAUUUGUCUGUGACAUCUUUCUCCGAGCAGAAGGGAAUGGUGACAUCAACAGUCUAUUACCAGGUGGUUUUGGUGUCCAACUUGGCAUGUUUCAAGACACCAAGUCAUAAAGAGACAGACAUCGUCCAAUACACAAUUGAAAAAAGAAUAGGUGAGUUUGAAGAUUUGCGAGCUAAAAUUGGAGAACUGUAUCAAGGAACUCUUCUCCCAACAAUCAACAAAAAGUCUAUCAUUGUUAAUGAAGCUGUGCUGAGAGAAAGGAGGAACAGCCUUGACCAUCUGUUAAAGUUUUUGUCCUCGGUACCCAAACUAGCUACAUGUGUACCACUGCUUGAGUUUCUAGGUGUUGAUGCCUUGAGGGCAAAGAAGUUUAGUCAAGGAGAACCUUUUGAAGCACCUGCCUCCACCCACACAGAGGACAAUGAAGAUUCCUCAGCAAAGGAUGAUGCUGAUGAGGAUUUUUUCAAAGAAACAGCUGAUGAUGGUGAUGACAGUGAUCUAUUUGAUCUAGCUGUAGAAGGUCAAGGUUUUGGUGAUGAAUUAAAAAGUGCAACCACUGGCGGUGUUCAAAUGUUUGAAGAGCAGGAUCUGAAGAGGGAGCUGACUGAGGAGGACGAGAAAGAUUUCCGUUUUAUCCCAGAUGCCAUCAUCAGAAAAAAAGAAUUUAUUCAGGUCACAGGCGGAAGUGAAGAGAAUAAUUCUGAUUUAUUCGAAAUUGAAGAUAAUCUGGAUGAACUUCUCACUGUUGAUGUUGGGAAGAAAAAGACGCAAACAAAAUCUGACGAUGUUGUAGUUUCCUCACCACCCACGUUGCCCCAAGCAUCCUCUAGACCCACACCCGCCCUAAGACCAUCCAUCGCUGCCAAGCCUUCCAUCCCAAGCAAGCCCAGCCUGGGGACAAAAUCUUCCACCGAGGGAGUAAAGCCUAAGCCUGCGCCCAGAACUAAGACCAGCAGCCAGACCAGUGACCCCGGCCCAGAGAAGACAGCAACUAGCACGUCAGACAAUUUAAACCAGGAUGACAUAUUGCUGUAUCUACAAGAAAACCUGAGCUCAAACACAGAAGAUGCUGACUUGUUUUCAUAGUUCAGGCUUAGCGUGAUGUCACUUUUGUUGUUGAUUUUAUGAACUGAUAUGGAUGAGCAAUCCACAUCCAUAGGGUUAAAGUUGAUUUAUUGGAUUGGUGUUGAAUGUAAAGCAUAAUCUUGUCUUGGGCCAACAUUUUUGUGAUAAUGAUAAUGUCUGACAAUAUGACAAACAACAUUUUUGUAAUGAAUGUAGAUAAUUGAUCUGUAUUCAUCUGGAAGUAUUUUUUUGUUUUCAUUUCAUUUUUAAUUUUUGUUUUUAAUACUAAUCAAUGUAAAUUUUCUUGAUUUGAAGGCUAGUGGAACAUCAAACAAUGCUUCAUGUUUAUAAUAGAAAGCGCACAAAACUAGUGUUGUAAAGAAAAAUGUUGCUUAUAGCUACUUAAGCAGACUGGAUUAUCUAAAAUGUGGCAAUGACAACGUGUUAGUGUCUUGUACAUUAACUCUCUAUUUUAAAAACGUUAGAUUUUUAUUAAUUUCAUUAUAUUUUCAACCAGGUCAUAGGGUGCUGUGACCAGGUCAUACGGUGUUGUGCAGAGUUUCUUUCAU